AUGAACCUACUAGACCAGUACCUGAGCGAAGAAGAAGAAGAAGAAGUCAAGUCAAAAGCCGCAUUAGAAAGAGGCAUUGGUAUACGUGACAGCCAGCCGCGUUUGAAACCUUUGCCGGAUCAAAUUCUAGAUAAAUAUCAUAUCAGUCCCAAUAUCGAAAAAUAUAGCGGGGAAGAUAUGAACACAAUUGCGCGGGGCUGGACUAGCUUCGCGUUUGUUGAAAUGCGACCUUCGCAUCGGCAGCGCUUGCAGAUUGACUCGCUGGUGCACACCGUGGGCCUGCAAUUGAGGUCGGAAAUAGGACUGGAAUUCCAGCCCUUGCAUAUCAGUGAGCUGGGAUCGCCGCUACCAUUACAUGUGUCCCUGGGACCAAACUUCAGCUUCCAAACCUCCCAAGAGCUAAAUGCGUUUGCGCAGAUGCUGCAGGUCGAAACUUGGCAGAAAAUGAAUGCCCCGUUCGAAGUGGGUUUUGAGCCCAUACUGCAAAUCUACGACAAUGUGGACCGCAAUGCCUUGUUUCUCGCGCUGGACGUUUCACAGUCCGUGAAAAACUCUCAUAUUCGUCGACUUUGGACGGCCGUCCAAGAAAGCCUGGACUUUUCUCGCCGUUCCGAUGAAUGUGCGGCUUCCCGAUGUGCCUGGACUUUCGAACGGUCACAUAUGUCAAUCGCCAGAGCAUUUCUCAAACCACCAUCUAUCAAGGCCGCGGGGGGUCACACAAGUGCUGAGCGAACGUUGGAUGCGCAGUAUCGCCGGACUAUCGAACAGCUCAAUAUGCUCUUGGCAAAUCGCCCGGUGGACCGCAGCGUGCUGGACUCCUUGAGAUUUCAAUGUAGUGGAAUCAAGCUGACAAAACAAAGGUCCAACUUGUGGAUCCCCUUCGGCUCGGACACCCAGUAG